AUGGCCUCCUACACAGCAAUGGAAGAUGCAGGGGAACUGUCUGAGCCCGACUCUCUGGUUUCAACUGCCGAGAGUGAACCACAGGAAGAGUAUGAAGUGGAGGCCAUUCUCGCCGAGAACGAGGAGAGAGGGGAAUAUCUGGUCAAAUGGGCCGGCUACCCCAAUCAUCGUGCGACAUGGGAAGGCCCUGAAAGCUUUGAUAAUCUCGAUGACACUAUGAAAGACUGGAAACAGACGAAAUGGGAAAUCUCAGAAGGCCUACGAUCUCCAUUCAAUGUUCGUCAAUGGCAAAGGGAGCAAAAUCGGCUCGCGAGAGAGAAAGAGGCCCGACAGAGAACGCGCAAAAUCAAGAGGGCUCAGAGAGCUCGAAGGAAAGUCGCGCGCCUCAAUCGACCCGAUCCCAACCUCGCUGCCACCCUGUUUGGUGACGACGAAGGGUCUUCUAAUCCUGCAAUUCAUUCGUCUGCAACACGACGCUCAUCUCCUGAACAAGACAUGAGCUUGGAGGGGAAUUUCGAUGAAAAAGACGCCAGUGGUGAGAGAGGGGUUAGCCUCAAUCUCGACAUCGAGGACGCCGUUGACGCACUGGCUGAACGCACUUCGUCAAGAAGAAGCCCUUCUGUCACUUCGGCUAAAUCGGAUAGCUCUUCUCUCUUUGUCUCCGAAGUCAAAACCCCGCCCCUUAACAACCCGAGGAAGAAGCGAUCACUCGAACACAGGGACACGGCGCUCUUCGUUCCAUCUCACUCUGAACAGUCGACCAUUCAAUACGAAGAGGCCGAAACGCACGAGCUUCAACUUCAGCAGGAGCUUGAGCAAGGACUUGGGCAGCAACAUUCUCCACGAGCCCGGCAGUCUCAAAGUGAGAAACAACAGGGAACUGAGCAGCACGAGCUCGAGCCCCUAGAGCGACAUCAGCCACCGCAACUACAGCAGCCUCCGCAACCACCAUGUCAACAAGAGCCUGGACAGCAAAAGCAGACCCAGGAGAAGCCGCGUUCUCAACACCACGAGAAGCCUCUGCAGCGGCAGGCGCAACAGACGCACCUGCCAUCAAAACCGACAUCGGCACCAGCUCCUCCUCCCCCGACACGAUCUGUGCCAGCGCCCGCUCCGUCCUCUUUUGGUGUUGCGCCUAGGCCCACCCAAACAGCUCGGCCUCGUCGUUCAAGAUGGGCCGAACGUGAACCAAAUGUGACCGAGUUGGAGCUCAGGAAACCAUCGCAAUAUCGAGCAAGAGGGGAAGGCGCCGAUUCUGCCACACUCAGCAUGCUCCGGCCUUCAGCUGAAUUUCAGCCCUUAUCCGACCCAGGGAACAGGCCUAAGGAACCGCCAACUACGACAUCAAGUUCAACCCCUGCAGCACCGCUUUCUCUUCCGCACGCAAUCACCGAUAGGUUCUCGGACAUGUCGCCGACUUCAGUGGCACGACCUCGCGUGGGAAAUUCAGGGGCCCUUGAGGCAGAAAGGCCACAUAUGCCUUCCAGUUCUCUAAUCCGUGAUGUUGUUCUGGUCCCACGUAGUGGAGGAGAGAGCUAUCGACCGAUCUACCCCAGGGAGCGAUCCGCCUCUCCUGACGAUGAUUAUUCCCGCAGGCGUUCUGACGCACAUCCUAUGUCCUAUCGCCAUGGAAAUGCAUCGUGGUCCCGUUCCCGUUCCCGCUCGCCGCCCCCUGAUUUGAUUCGGUCCCCUGAUACCUCGCGCAGAAGUCCAUACAGGAACAGGCGUGGCACGCCCUACCCGCAGUCUCCCUCUUUGCAUGCCGAUUUCCAUCCACGGCAGCCUCGAAGGACGCUUCCUCCGAUCCUAGCACGCCUUCCUCCUACCAAGGCUGAAUUGUCCGCACAAGACUACAUUGCAAAGAUGCCUAUUGGUACUUACAAAGAAGGGGAAGGUGUGAAGACUAAAAGCGGUUAUUUCUGGAAUUUCGGAGAAGUUCUUGCGCAUGUGUACUUCGGUCCAGAAAGGGAUUUUGUUGGUGUUUUCAGGAUAUGCGGGAUGAACGACAAGAUAAAGCAAGACCUCCUUGCUUCAAAGAUGCCUGGAAAUACUUUCGAUAUGUGGUUCAAACAGGUCUGCACCAAGAGUCAAUAUGACAGACUCUGUGAUCAGACGCCCUAUAAUGACCGGUGUGGUAAUGCUUGGAUGGAGGGCUUCCCCGACACAAACUCUAAGCUUUUCCAUACGGCCGAAUACCUCCGUCUGCGGAAUUCUGCGGCCAUUUACCGUCCUGCCAAAUCGAUGGGAAGUACAUGGGUCAUGUAUUCUUGCCAGACGACGUCUUUCACGGAAGAAUUGAACUACAACAGCGAUCGGGUCCCUGCCAAUGUCCCUGCCUUUCUUGCAAUACGGCCACCCUUACCCUCAUUUCUACAUGUGGAACCGAGUCCCAGAGAUGAAUCAAGCAGAGGCCGAAGAGAUUUCCCAAAGAAUGUGCAUUUCCGAGACGGUGAUCCCACGAGACAUGAAAGCUUGGGAGAUUUGCCAAAUGCCAAAGAUCGUGCCGGGGUAAAUCGAUCUGCUGAAACUCUGGAAAUUCCCAAAUCUGCAGAGCAACGUACUUUGACCAGGGUCCUGGAAAGUACAAUGUCUGGGGAUCUUCAAUCGUCCGAAUUGAGGAUGACAGAGCAGCCCGAUUCAGUAUCCGCGGGCCCGCGCCUCAGAAGACGAAGUUCUAUUUCGAAGAGUACGCCACAAUCUCCUACUCAGCCCAGGCUUGCCGAACAAGACCGUUCCCCGAAGGAGGGAAUCAACAGAUCACAUGACGAGGAUGAGCAGAUUCGGGGAGGUGAAAGGGAUUCUGAAAUGACAUCGCUCGAGGAUCUGAUUACAGAUCCCCUGGAACAUGUCACAACAACUCCCUCGACUGCUGCGGAUUCCAUCAUGGUACCAUCUCCGGAGGAGGCCACCCAGACGAUGUUAAGAAUCUUCCGGGAUAAUUACAAGAUCACGCUGGAACAGCUUUCGACUGUUUCGGAGGGUACUCAAAGUCAAGUGCUUUCACCAACGCCAAACUUUUACCUACACUCUUGUUCGAAUCAAGAAGGCGAGGCUCGAAAAGAUGGUGAAUUCCUGGAGGCUUGGCUCAAGACAUUUCCACAGAUCAACAUAUUCUCCGACUGGAAGAAAUUUCUGAACGAAUGUCCUCGCGGCGUGAUCAUGUUCCAUGAGUCAUUCACGUGUUACGAUGAAUUGAGGCCUGAGCUUCGGCAGCCUCUCUGGUCAAGUCGUUACAUCUUCUGGAAUUAUAGACUGUCUAGGCCCCUCCAGACGGCCGAUCCAUUCUUUUGCGAUGAGGGCGCUCAUUUUCAGCUUAUCUUUCCUAUCGGGACCGCAUUCUUGAUUACAGAGGAUGUUUUCAGCGAUCUCAAGCGAGCGUUGGUGCUCAUCUGCUGGUUCUACUACGGGAUGGCACAUUCAUAUAGAAUGAACAAGUUGAUGCUCCAUCCUGGCAUCAUGCAAUACCUGGACAGGCGACUCGAUGAUCCUGAACUACGUGAGGAUGACGAACAGCUCUUGCUCCUCAUCAUAGGCUGGAUCCAAAAGGCAAAUUCUAUCGACCCUCGUCGCCCAGUCUUCCAAAGCGAAAGCUUGAAUCCACGCAAGAUACACAUGGUCAACAACAAUAUCAUUUCCUUCGAGCCUGAAAUCAUCCAGAAUUGGAUUCGAGAAGGAGGAAGCAUGGGAGUCCCUAAGGACAUUUCGCAAGAUGAGCGCAACGCGGACCAUGUUGUCCAGAUGUUUACGGCGUGGACACUCUUGAACGCGGCCUGUAUACGGAAAACCGUGGUGAUCACCAGCACCAAAAAUCGGGCUCUUCAUACCCGGUGGCUGUCCAACGGUCGUGUCGUUCUCUACUCCCCAAGUAGUUUCAUCAACAGUUUCAGGAUCCCGGAAGACCUGUUCCUUGCGAAGGCCUUGGGUGAAAAUCCAAAGGGUGGAAAUGCCGAUAAUGGCCGGUUGUUACCAGCCAUGACGCCUAAAACCCCGGCCUUUGACCCACGCACUCCUCGAGCGCCUUGGACCAGUCAUACCGGCGACGGCACCUCCUCCCCGAAAGAAAUGGGUAGACAAAACUACCCUGCCCCUUACAAAUGA